AUGACGUUUGUGGGGAAAACUACAUCCACACGCCAUUUUGGAAGACCGAAGGGAAUAAGAAACAGCAGCAUUCAUGAUGUGCACAAGAUAAAGAAACGAGCUGUGUACGGAGCAAGAAGUAAAGAUGCGAGGACCUAUAUUGCAGGGAACAUGACAUGCAUUAAAAAUCAACCAGAAAAAGGUUCCCCUGAACUGAGCAAAUGUUUUCACGAUUUGGUGACUACUUUUGAACACAUGCACGACACAGAUGUUGAGGAUAUAGCCAAUACAUACUUUCUACGAAUUUCGAGGAAGAACAGACAAGAUACGAAUAUAAUGGUAGAUGUACUUGUGGCAUUGAAUAAGCAAAGAACAAUCGUUAACAAGAUCUUAAACAAUCUUCAAAGUGAUGAGCAUCUGAUAAUGAGGGUUUUAACAUUACUAACGGCCCUUGACUGUGAGCCAGAAGCGGAACUUCUAACAACGAUCGAGAAGUUUUGUUUUAAAGGCAGGAGAACAGAGAAUGUACAUCUAAGAAAAGAAACAAGGCAGGUUUCCUGUUUGACGUUUGGAGGUUUAAUUGGGAGUGUCAAGAAAUACGGGAAAGAGGGACACGCGGAAAAACUUGUCGAGUACCUUCAUAAUGAACUUGGAUUACAUGAUCCAUGGCAAUACAAGAGGAAAAGGUCAACAAUGACAGAGGUGGAAUGUGUUGAAUAUGACCACAAUAAAGUUGUUUUACUUGAUGCCAUAGGAAACGCUGGGUUACCUGUAUCAUAUGAUUACAUCAUAUCGCAUAUAAAUUCAUCAAAUUCCCAAUGGAUUAAACGUACAGGAGUACAUGCUCUCAGAACUUUUCACGAUACAAAGACACUGCAUGAGCUAGAGAAAGUUGCUCUUUACGAUGAUGAUGAGAACGUUCGUUAUGAAGCUCUUCUGCAAUACAAAGCUCACCCUUUAGCUUCACAAGAAAGCUAUGCCGAUGAAGGAGGUUUUUCACACCAAGGAAUUUCUAAAAGAUCAUUCUUUAACAACGGUCUUGCCUUUAAACUUGAAGCACCAGGUGUAGACUGGCGAAAAGAAGUAGGUUCGAGCGCUAUUGGAGCAUUGGUCAAAGGUCAUAUUGAUGUUCGAGUACAUGACGAAGCCUAUGUUACGGUACAUGUUGGAUUUCUUGGUAUAAAAGUUGACUUCUUCAGGGCACGAAUAUGUUUUAAAGGUGGUGCAAAGUAUGAGCUCAAUAUAUUAAAGGAACUAGAUCCUGAGCUUGGGUUUAAUCUCAUCGCCCAAUUCAAAAACAUUGUAAACAAAGUUGUCGGUGCUGUGAAAAAUGGAGUUGAAGCAUUAAAAAAUAUAGUUUCUCAUGGGCUCACAAGUAUUGCAGAUGACCUAGUCGAAUCUUUGAUUGAUUUACCAGCAAAGGUGACAUAUCUCUCUGAAGAUAUACAGAGAAUCAUGGGAAAGCUUGCAAGCUUUAAAUUAGACAGCAUGCCUCCAUUUACAAAAAUGGUGACGGAUUUGGUUAACAGUGUUGUUAGUCUUUAUGAUAAAGUAAAAGAAGAUGUCAUGAAGUUUUACAAUUCCGUUGUCCAAAGCGUUAAAGUUAUCAUACCAAAUACUGCACAGGAAAUUGUUGGUGCAGUGAAAGACAUAAAUGACGGAUUUAUAAACAUCUUUCAAGACCCUAAGACCUCUCUUUUCAAAAUUGGAUCAGCAGUCAUACGUAUCUACACGAAUAUCAAACUUCUAAAUAGUACAAUACAACAAAUAAAGAAUAACACAUUCGUUAAUGGAGGCAUAGGUCCAUACUGGAGUGACCUGACUAAUGAAGUACUGGAGGUUUUUAACCUCUAUCGGCACACCCUCUCUGAAAUUAAAGGACAGGGUGGUAAAUGGAUAAUGGAAACUGUUGAAAACGACAUAGCUAAAAGGAUCACAAAUGGAAAAACUUCGAUUAAAUCUAUUAAAGAAAGGAUUGUAGCUGAUUUAGAAAAUGAAGUACAAACAUUGAUAUCGUCUUUGGAGUUACUGACUAAUAUAGGUGGGGUCUAUCUAGAAAAGUUUGAUGUACUUGAAAUCUCCUAUAACAAUAUAAAAGAGGCCUUCGAGACUUUGAAAACAGGAUAUGAGAAUGCAAGAUCAAUCAUCGAUCGAAUAUUUGGACCUAAAUUUCACAACGAUUUCCCUCGGGAGAGACGUGUAAGUGGCGGUAGUUGCACCGGGAACGGGUUUUAUCCCGCAAGUCUAGGUAGCAGAAAUGCUGAAUAUGAUUAUGAUGGGAUCGAUCUAGUAAUCAAAGCUGGUGAUCCGCUCGUCGCACCCCUUUCUGGUUUAAUUAUCCGUUCAGAAAAUACAAAUGAAAUCGUUAUGUUUGAAUGCGGUGAGCUGCCGAUCGGUUCCGAAUUGGUGAUAACAAAUGUGGAGCCAGAAGAAGAUAUAAUGUAUCCCGGCGAUAUAAACAGGAUAUCUGCCGGGGUGGUUAUUGGUAAAGUAACGCAAUCUCCUUGUGGUGGCGAUUAUAAUCACAUACAUAUUUCAAUCAGACGAGAAGGUGGAGUUGUCGAUCCUAGCAACUACAUACCAGACAGACUAAUCACAUUACCAAAAUGGGAACAGAAAUGUGAUGAUUAUUCUCUCGUUUUCAAGGGGAAAACAAUAGCAAAUGGCGUAAUAGUUGGUCCUUGGGGACGCAACAAAGAUGAUACGUCACAGAAUGUCGAAGUCGAGGAGUCACUAAGAUCAGACCCAAUGAGUAAUGAUGACACACUUGAUCAACGAGUACAGGACAUCAAAGAUGACCUGAAUGGCGUGUUUGGUUUUUUAAAUAAUCGACGGAGGAAAAGGGAAAUAUAUCAGGAACCUGAGGCAAACCUAGAAACCUUCACUAAUGACAUAAAAGGUUUUCUCAACCGUUUUGAUAUACACCGUGUAAAAUUGGGGGAUUUUGUGACCAUUUUAGAUGAAAAAGGAGGUACUGAGAUGAAAGAAAAACUAGCACAGCUGGUAAAAACUAUAAAGGCAGCUAUAGAUCAGGAAACUUGUAGAAGUCCUUAUCACAUGACCGAUCAAGAACUAGGAAACGCUCUGUUAAACAGGGGGAAACAAGCAAAGACCAGUAGCAGGGCGGAUAUGAUAAAAGAACUUCUUAAAACUGACCAUAGCUGUCCAUUUAUUUCUUUUACAAUACCUACAACUGAUACCUUGUAUUGCACAUUUGAUGAAAAAUGUCUUGGAUUUGAAUGCUGCAUAACUAUUGAAGCAUUUGACAUGAUUCAGAAGACUUACAGAAUGUUUAUUAGACUUGAUCCAAAUCCAUUGGCACUGUCUUUUGGUUUCGAUUCAUGGAGCUUUAUGUUAGAUUCAAGUUACCUUGUAAAUGAUUUUGAAAGUGUUUUUACUACAAAUGUAAAGUUCGACUUUCUAGAAGACCAUGAAAUCGUUAUAAAGUGCAAUUCCAUAUCAUCGACAGACGAGUUAAAGCUGACAGUCGGCGUUGGUCUUUGUAAUUCUGGAAAUGUCGACGACUGUUUCACAUUCUUUAACUUGCUAAAUGAUGCCGUUUUCCCAAUUCCUACAUUAAAUGCGGACGGAUAUAUAUCUUAUAAAACACCAAAUUAUACAGACUUUAUAGAAGACUUAAAAGAAAAUUUAAUUGAAGCUGGUGAAAUUGUAGAAGAGAAUGCCAUUGACAAAACUGUCAGUCGUUUUCUAAAACAACUUGGUAUUUCUAGAGUAAGUUUGUUACGACAAACGUUUGCUAUAUGA